AUGAAUACUAUGACACCAUUGCAGUUAGCGUAUGUUGGAGGUAAUUACGCUGUGGCCCAGGAACUCGAGGAGUGGGGCGGUGAUGUCGCACUCACGCCAUUCCACCUGGCAGCGGCUCGCAACAACGUGCUGGCUGUACGAAAAUUCAUCGCGCGGAAAACGGAUAUUGAUUGUCUAGGUGAAAUGGGGUACGUGGGGCUUAACCGGAGAACACCCUUACAUUGGGCAGCCGUCAGUGGGUCGACAGAGGCUGUUGAUGCGCUAUUGAAGGCUGGAGCGGACCCGAACUUCCAGGACUCACGUGGUCGUUCUCCCUUACAUUGGGCUGCAAGACUCAACAAGCUGGAGGUGGUGCAUUCAUUGAUUCGUGCUGGUGCUGAGCCCAAUUUGACCGACGGAGAAUUCAUGACGCCUCUUAUGUGUGCUGCCUCGGCGUUGGAUGCGUCGAGAGAACUGAUUAGCGAAUUAACUACAGCAGGGGGGGACAUUGCUUACCAGCUGCCCACCACAGGAGACACGGCACUACAUAUUGCUGUCCGAGAGGAGAACCAUUCAUCUGCGCUGGCUGCUCUUUCCAACGGAGGAGACCUCAUGCGGAUGAAUAACGAAGGUCUGCGUCCACUUGACUGCACUGCGUCCACAAGGUUAUUGUUCGAGUUGAAGCGAGCUGCUGGCCAGCGAGACGUCAUGAUUAGCUACACACACUCGCACUUGGAGUUCGCUCGAAAACUACGCCAGUCUCUCGAAGAAGCGAACAUCACCACUUGGUUGGAUCUGAUGGACCCGAGUGGGAUUGGUGGCGGAGCAGUGUGGCGGGAAGAGAUUGCGCGUGGCAUCACCAACGCAUCGAUGGUGUUGUGUAUCCUCACAGAAGACUACGCGUCGUCGGAGUGGUGUCUGAAGGAAUUGGCACUGGCUAAACAGGUCGGUACACCCAUCUUGGCUGUCUCGACUGAAGGCACCAUCGUCGAUGCAAAUCUGCAGGUGUAUCUGUACACGCGACAAAUUAUUCCGUUUGAACCAGCAAUCGUUGGUUUGCGUCAUGAUGAAGGCAGGAUCGAGUACGACUACGAUGAGAGCAGGUAUCGGUCUCAGUUCCAUCUACUGCUUGAUGGUUCGCAAUUUGGAUCUCGAUGGGGGCGGUGCCGAGCGUGGUGCCGGAUCGAGCAGUCGAGGGACGAUGCUACAAACGUUAGGCGAUGCCCGACUAUCUCCAGUCUCGAGUUCGUGGGAUCCAGCCAGCUCGUACAAUCCAAGUGA